CUGCCCCAGAUUUGGGGUCCCCCCCAACUCUGUUGUUCCCCCCAGAUGCACAAACGGGAGCGAACCUGCAAGGAUUACAUUAAGGCCGUGGUGGAGGCCGUGGACAAUCUCCUGCGUCCCGAGGCUCUGGAGUCGUGGCGGGACAUGAACGGCUCGGAGCAGGCGCACACGGCCACCAUGCUGCUCGACGUGCUCGAGGAAGGGGCCUUCCUGCUCGCAGACAACGUCAAGGAGCCCGCCCGCUUCCUGGCCGCCCGCCAGAACCUCGUGCUGGAGGUGUCAGUGCUGAACACGGAGGGGCCGCUGCAGGAGCUCGUGUUCCCACAGGAGUUGGGGGGCGACGGCUCCAUCCAGCUCUCGGCCAGCACCCUCAAACAGAACAGCAGGAACG